GGAUGGCAUGCUUAUUAGUAUAGUAAUAAAUGUGGAUGGAGGUUAAUCUUAUUUUUUGUUUCGACAUUGUUCAAGUAAUUAAUGAAACUCACAGUGUUAUGAUGAGAAGUUUUAUCAAGUUUUACAUGAAAUACUUAAUUCAUUUAAAAGAUUGAACGUUCGUUACAUGCUAUGUUCAAAUGGGUGUGAAAAUCUUUUGGAAAUUGACUGAUCAAGUGGCUGCACUUGAAAUAAAUUUGAAAUUCUAUGAGAUAAUAGAAGGUUCUGUAGGAUCAUAGUGCUCGUCAAUAUAUAAAAGCAAAAAAAAACUCGCUUCCAUGUUGGCCACUCGUUGUUUUCUCUAAGCUCGGAAAUGGUGUUACGCAAAGGCAUUCAGGCUGGAAAGAUAGGCUUCAGAGCAUUUGGUACAUUUGAUGUUAUCGUUGUUGGUGGUGGUCAUGCUGGAACUGAAGCAUGCGCCGCUGCAGCCAGAAUGGGUGCAAAAACCCUUUUGGUUACCCAUAAAAAAUCAACUAUUGGUGAAAUGUCUUGCAAUCCAUCAUUCGGCGGAAUCGGCAAAGGCCAUUUGAUUCGAGAAGUUGAUGCACUUGAUGGUAUCUGUGGGAGAAUAUGUGAUCUAUCUGGAAUUCACUAUAAAAUUCUUAAUAAACGCAAGGGACCAGCUGUCUGGGGGCUUCGAGCACAAAUUGAUCGAGACUUAUAUAAGAUGCAUCUUCAGGCCGAACUUUUUCACCUCCCAGGUCUUACAAUACACGAGGCUGCAGUGGAAGACCUUAUCCUUAAUACAGAAACAGGCGAAUGCUGUGGUAUUACGUUAAAAGACAGAAAUCAAAUCUUCAGUAAAAGUGUAGUAAUCACUACUGGAACGUUCUUGAAGGGACAAAUCAAUAUUGGACUGGAAAAGUAUCCAGCUGGAAGACUCGGUGAUGAGCCAAGUAUAGGCUUAGCAAAUACACUCGAUAGAUUAGGUUUCAAAAUGUCGAGAUUGAAGACGGGAACUCCCCCAAGAUUAAAAAAAUCAACAGUUGAUUUCUCGAAAUGUAAUGUCCAAUAUCCAGACAGCGUUCCGGAGCCAUUUUCAUUUCUCAACGAUAGAGUUUCGAUUAAUCCAAAAGACCAAUUGGUUUGCUAUAUGACUUUCACGAACGACGCAGUCGCAAUGAUUAUACGAGAGAAUUUACAUUGUAAUUCGCAUGUUACGGAGGAAGUUACGGGACCUCGGUAUUGUCCAAGCAUUGAGAGUAAAGUUUUGAAAUUUGGAAAAUCGGCUCAUCAAAUCUGGUUGGAACCGGAAGGCUUGAACUCGGACCUAAUAUACCCUGGUGGCCUGUCAUGUACGUUACCAGCUGAUAAACAACAAAAACUAGUAAAUUGUAUACCCGGAUUGGAAAAUGCGGAAGUAGUAAAACCUGGAUAUGGUGUUGAAUAUGAUUUUAUUGAUCCCCGUGAAUUGACUCAACAGUUGGAGACAAAGAAAAUUUCGCGACUUUUUCUAGCUGGCCAGAUCAAUGGAACAACUGGGUAUGAAGAAGCUGCGAGUCAAGGGCUCAUUGCUGGUGUUAAUGCCGCUGCUCAGGUGUUGAAUAAACCACCGUUGAUUAUCGAUCGCACCGAAGCCUACAUAGGUGUUCUCAUUGAUGAUCUGACAUCUCGGGGGGCCAUUGAACCGUACCGGAUGUUCACAAGCCGAGCAGAAUUUCGAUUGAGUCUCAGAGCUGAUAAUGCCGACCUUAGACUUACCGGUAAAGGUUUUAAAAUCGGUUGCGUAUCGCAGAAAAGAAUGAAUCGGACAGAACAUUUACGAAGGCGCCUAGAAACUGCUUUAAAUGAACUCAAGGCUGCAACGAAUACUACUGAAAAAUGGCACCAACUUUUAGGCGUCAAAAGUACGAAAGUACUAAAAAAUAUUAGUGCCUUUUCCCUCCUUACUAGAACUGAUGAAGAUGUUUGCUUCGAUGAUUUGGCGCGAGUUCUUCCGGAAAUUUUAGGACAUCUCGGGAAUGAUCCACGAUUAUCACGGAGAGUCAAGAUUGAAGCUACAUAUGAGCAUGCUAUUGCAGAGCAAUCGGGAGAAGUUCAGGAAAUGAGGAAACAUGAGCGAAUGAUCAUACCCAAUAAUUUUAAUUAUGAAAACAUAAACAUAUCUAUAGAGGAUAGGGAGAAAUUAACAGCUCUCCAGCCUAGAACUGUAGCGAGUGCUAGGAGAAUUUCAGGCGUAACUCCCGCAACAGUGUUGAGAAUUAUUCAACGAUUGAAGAAAUCAGGAGAAAAUAUAAUAGAAAAUUAUUAACUGCAAA